CCUUGAUUCACUUGCCACUAAUUAACGUUCUGGUCCUCAACAUCUUAUUUCUUUAUUAUUAUUGUUAUUAUUGUUAUUAUUAUUUUUAUAUACUGGGAAAGCUGAAGUUUAGAUACAAAAGCAACUCAUAGGAGUAGAGUUGAACUAGAGGAGUCUAAUUCUAGUUUCUUUAGGAUUGUUGCCGGCGAUGUUGACAAAAUGUGCAACCCAGGUGCAAAAGUGUAGCCUAACUUAGCUAGGGAAUCGGCCCGUUCAUUGCCGGGUCUCUUUAUACAUGAGACUUCUACUUCUACUUCUACUUCCCAUUAGUCCAUUUUGACAAAAUGUUUUCUCAUUUUGCCUUCUAAAAAUUCCAGACGAAAGCAAAUUAGUCCAUUGGGCUAGAAGCCCAAUCCGAAACACCGAUACGGAUCACUCGACCCAGACCCGAAACUGGAUCCACUUCCAGUUUCACUAUUCUGCUAGCCUAAUAAAACACUUUCGCUAGGGUUCAAGGUUCCAUGGAAGGAAGAACCGCAGAAAAGAAAACCGCCGAAUCAAAAACGGAGCUGAACUAGUUGCGGUGUCUCUCAACUGAGGUUUUCCGGCGAUAAAAUAAGAUGGGAGGCAAGGACAAGAACAAGAAGAGGAAACCUAAGUCUGACAAUGGCGGGAAAGACGGAAAACUCAUCACGGAUCCUCGUUUCGCUUCAGUACACUCGGACCCUAGGUUUCGGGAACCUCCCAAGCACAAAUCGAAGGUUACAAUUGAUUCUCGGUUUAGCAGUGUGUUUACUGAUAAGAAAUUCGCCACUUCCAAGGCUCCGACGGAUAAGAGAGGCAAACCGAAGAAGAAGGGCGACGCCGCCGCUUCGAAUCCUCUGAAGCGUUACUACCGUCUUGAAGACGAAAAAAAGGGGAAAUUGGAUGAGAAAUUGUUGAGUGAUGAUGAAGAAAGUGACAGUGAGGAUUUGAAAGUGAAGCGGAAAGAUGAAUCAAAGGAAUCAUCAACAUCGGAAGAAGAGGAGGAGGAGGAGGUUGAGAGCGAUGGUUCUUCCUCGACGUCAGCUUCUAGUACAGAUUCAGAUGAAGAAGAUGAUGUGGUGUCUGACGACGAGGAGGAAGAAGAAGAAGAAGAGAAGAUACCAGAAAUUGAUAAAGAGACGCAUAGACUUGCAGUGAUGAAUAUGGAUUGGAGUGAAGUUAGGGCGGUGGAUUUGUAUGUAUUGCUAAGCUCCUUCCUUCCAAAAGGUGGCCAUCUCAAGUCUGUAGCUGUCUAUCCUUCCGAAUUUGGGCUUAAGCGCAUGGAAGAGGAGGCAAUUCAUGGUCCAUUGGGGCUGUUUGAGAGUGAAGAAAACAAAAAUGGUGGGGAUGACAGUGAUCAAGAUGAUGAUGAUGAUGAUGAGAUUGAUGAUAAAAAAUUGCGUGCCUAUGAAAAAAGUAAGCUGAGGUACUACUAUGCCGUGGCGGAAUUUGAUUCAGUGGCUACUGCAGAUUAUCUCUAUAAAAACUAUGAUGGGAUGGAGUUCGAGAGGUCAUCCACCAAGCUGGAUUUGAGAUUUAUUCCAGAUUCUUUGGAGUUCAAGCAUCCGCCACGUGAUGUUGCGAAAAAUGCACCAGCAGACUACGAAGGUUUGGACUUUCACACCCGAGCACUGCAGCAUAGUAAAAUUCAUCUGACAUGGGAUGAGGAUGAGCCACAACGCGUAAGAACUUUGAAGAGAAAAUUUAAUGCUGAUCAGCUUGCUGAGUUGGAGUUGCAGGAGUUCCUAGCUUCUGAUGUAAGUGAAAGUAGUGCAAGCGAGGAAGAUGAUGAGAUGCAAGAUGGAUCUGCUAAGAAGCAAAAGAAGCGGGAUAUGUACCGAGCUUUAAUCCAAUCAGGAGAUGGCUCAGAUGCAAGUGAUGAGGAGGAGAACCAGGACAUGGAGGUUACUUUCAAUACUGGUCUAGAAGAUUUAAGCAAACGUAUCUUGGAAAAGAAAGACAGAGAAUCAGAGACAGUUUGGGAGGCUCAUCUCAGAAAGAAACGUGAAAAAAAGAAGGCCAGAAAAAACAGAGCUAAAGACUCAUCAGAAGAUGAGAGCAGUGAUACUGAUCAGGAACCUGGGGAAGAACCUGAUGAUUUUUUUGUUGAAGAACCUUCUGCAAGAAGAAGUAAGCACACCGAGGAUGGAAAGGGCAGAAAUACAAAACAAAAUGAAGAAGAUGCAUCUACAGCCGAAGCAAGCAGGGCAGAACUUGAGUUGCUGCUUGCUCCUGAUAAUAACGGAGCAUCAAACUCUGAUGUGAAAGGCUAUAACUUGAAACGUAAAAAGUUGAAGGGGAAAAAAGGUAAAGAAAUUCUUAAUGAUGACAAGUUACCAACAGCCGACUAUGAUGAUCCUAGGUUUUCAGCUCUGUUCACAUCACCAGAUUUCGCCUUGGAUCCGACUGAUCCUCAGUUCAAAAGGUAUUUCUGCUUGUCAUAUUUCCUUCUCCAUCUUUUUUCUUACAAUAUGGUUGAAUUAUUUGAUAGCUUUUGUUUUCCUUUAUCAACAUUGUCCUGUUCUUUCUUGAUUUCACUUUUUUUUUUUAACUAAAAUGUUUGUAUACAACAGAAGCGCAGCUUAUGCACGGCAAAUGGCACUAAAGCAGCGAAGCCGAACUGAGAAUAAGGGCGCAAAGCCGCAGCCAACUUUACCUAGUGAAGGAUCCCUGCCUAAUAAAUCAGAGGACAAUGAGAACAAAACAAAGAAAGACAAGCACGAGUUGUCUUCGUUAGUUAAGUCGGUCAAGAUGAAAUCAAAACAGAACCCUGUUCUGGGAAACAUGCUGGAACAGAAGAUGAGCACAAAGAAGAGCAAGUUGGCAAAAGAAUAGUUCCUUGGCAAAAAGGGGGAAUGCUAUUAAUUAUUUCAUUGUAGUGUAGUCUGUUAAAUAGAAAUUUUUGUUUAGUCUUUAAUUUACGGCCAUCUAUCAGAUUUUUUUCUUUACUGAACAAGUAAUAUUUUGGGAAUGUAUCCUCUGCAUUACUUUUGCUCUUUUGAAGAAUUGUUUUGAUAAUGCAAGAUUGGUUGAAGCUC